AAUCAUUUUAGGUGUAAGGUAGAUACUCCUAUUACAUUACUUACCUUAUAUUACUAGUUUCGUUAAUAUUUGUACAAAUCAAGAUGGUUAUAGCCAAAGUUUACAAAUAUCUAUAUAAGUUUCGAGGAUUUCCGAAAUUUUCUGAUUUAAAAUUGGUAGAAGAGGAAUUACCAGAAAUUGAAAAUGGCGAAUUUUUAGCAGAAGCCGUAUAUCUUAGUGUGGAUCCAUACAUGAGAGCCUAUGCACCAAACUUACCCAUCGGUUCAACUAUGAUUGGUUCACAAGUUGCUAAGAUUACAGAAAGCAAAAAUCCUGACUACCCAGUGGGUAAAUACGUUGUAGCACAUUUUGGAUGGAGAACACAUACCAUCUCAAAGGGAAAGGAAGAGGGAGCUGUUUUUCAACCUCUAAUUCUACCUGAUUUUGAAGGCUUGCCAAUUUCCUAUGGUAUUGGGAUUUUAGGAUUAGUAGGAAAUACCGCCUAUUUUGGUUUACUAGAUAUCUGUAAGCCUAAGGAAGGAGAAACAGUAGUCGUUUCUGGUGCAGCAGGAGGUGUAGGUUCAAUAGUAGGACAAAUUGCAAAAAUUCAUGGUUGUAAGGUUAUAGGAAUCGCAGGAUCAGAUGAAAAGGGCAAAUGGUUGACGGAAGAGCUUGGUUUCGAUCAUUUUAUUAAUUACAAAACUGACGAUGUUGAAAAGGCUUUAAAAGCCGCAGCACCCAAUGGGGUUGACUGUUAUUUUGAUAAUGUUGGUGGGGAUAUCAGCUCAACUGUCAUCUAUCAGAUGAAUCAUUUCGGACGUAUUUCUGUUUGUGGAUCUAUUUCGUCUUACAAUAAUAUAAAUGAAGCUGAAGAUAUUCUUAUUCAGUUCCCUCUAGUCUUCAAACAGCUGAGGAUGGAAGGUUUUAACGUUUCUAGAUGGGCCGGUGAUAGAUAUAUAGAAGGAAUAAAACAGAAUCUUCAGUGGAUCAAAGAAGGAAAAUUGAAGUGUCGAGAAACUGUGACAAACGGAUUUGAAAAUAUGUUCGAUGCAUUUACAGAAAUGCUUAAGGGGAAGAACGUUGGCAAAGCUGUUGUUAAAGUCUAGAUAGAAUAAAUUGUUAAG